AUUCUGGAGAUAAAUGCUAAGGCUAAAUGUCUACUGUUCUCCAAUCCCUAGUGUAAGACAAGUCACGAUUGGAAGCAGCACCUUCAGCUCAUGGACCAUUCAGUAUCACAAAGGUCGGAAACUUGGGAUUUCCAUCAGGGCAUUGAAAGAUGAGACAGAUGGGGGCACAAGCGGAAUCCCUGGUGGGAGCUGGGAUCCUGGCUUGGAAAUUGAGGUCCCGUUCGAGCAAAGGCCGGUGAAUGAGUACUCAUCUCUGAAAGAUGGACCUUUAUAUUCAUGGGGUGAACUAAGUCCAGGAUCCUUCUUCAUACGUCUUGGAGGCCUUUGGUUGGUAGCUUUCACUGUUCUUGGAGUGCCAAUUGCAGCUGCGAGCUUUAAUCCUUCAAGGGAACCUUUAAGAUUUGUGCUAGCAGCAGGGACAGGAACUCUUUUCCUUGUUUCAUUAAUUGUCUUGAGGAUUUAUUUGGGAUGGAGUUAUGUUGGUGAUAGACUUUUAUCAGCAGUGAUACCUUAUGAAGAGAGUGGAUGGUAUGAUGGACAAAUGUGGGUAAAACCGCCUGAGGUCCUGGCUCGUGAUAGACUGUUGGGCUCUUAUAAGGUUAAACCAGUCAUCAAAUUGCUGAAACAAACACUAGUUGGGACAGGAGUGUUACUUGUUACAGCAGUGACACUAUUUAUCUUUGCUACACCAGUGGAGGAUUUCCUCAGAACCAGUUUUGCCACAAAAGAGACCCUGUCAAAUGUUCCAACUUCAAAUAUCAGCACAAAGUUCAAUAUAAGAAAAGAAGAGCUGUUAAGAUUGCCUGCGGAGGUUAUGGCAGAUGAUGAAUUAGCAGCUGCUGCUGCUGAGGCUGCUGAUGGAAGGCCAGUCUACUGCAGAGAUAGGUUCUAUCGUGCAUUAGCUGGUGGCCAGUAUUGCAAAUGGGAUGAUCUACUAAAAUGAUAUGACAGAAAAAUGGAGAGACUGGUCAUUUAACAUUCAGAUUAUCAAUACGCUAUGUAAUCUGCAUUGACAAUAAAGUUCAUGGUCAAAGUUUGAUCUCA